AUGGCACCUGAAAAUACCCAGCUCCCAGCCACUAUGCUAAUGGCCCGCCUCUUCCAUCUGUCAAAUACUUUGCCAAACGAUGGUGAUGAUCGGAGAGAUGAUGGUUUUAAUUUUGAAAUUGCUCCUAGCUUGCAAGUUGACCAUGAUAAGCUAACCAUCGGAGAAGUGAUAGGAGCAGGCAAUGACUCUAUUGUACACAAAGGAUUGUAUGAGGACUGCCCUGUUGCCGUAAAGAUCAUGCUUCCAGAAAAGACAGAGAAUGCUUCACCUGAACGUAAGAAAAGAUUUCAGAAGGAAGUUUACUUGAUGUCUAAGAUUCAACAUAAAAAUAUUGUCAAGUUUAUUGGUGCCUCUGUUGAACCAUCAAUGAUGAUGAUAACAGAGCUUGUGGAAGGUGGUUCCCUGCAGAAAAACUUGAGGAGCAUGUACCCAACGACUAUGGAUUUGGAACAAUCUUUAGGUUUUGCUCUCGACAUUUCUCAAGCCAUGGAGUAUCUGCAUGAAAAUGGCAUCAUUCACCGUGAUCUCAAGCCUGGAAAUUUGCUGCUUACAGGAGACAAGAUGCAUCUUAAACUUGCUGAUUUUGGGAUAGCUAGAGAUGAUGCAUGUGAUGAGAUGACUUCUGAGGCUGGUACUUACCGAUAUAUGGCUCCUGAGUUAUUGAGCAAAGAUCCACUUCCAAAAGGAGCAAAGAUACGGUAUGAUCAAAAGGUAGAUGUGUACAGCUUCGCCAUUGUUCUGUGGUCCUUGAUCACAAACCAAAUUCCAUUUAAGGGGUUGCAUAACAUGGCUGCAGCAUUUGCCACAGUAAAUAAUGUGAGGCCAAGUGUGGAGGAGUUACCACAAUAUGUAGUUCCCCUGUUGCAGUCUUGUUGGGCAGAGGAUCCAAAACUCCGACCAAAAUUCAAGGAGAUAACUCAAAAGCUUUGGGAGCUUCGGGAUGAGUGUGUGCUGUUAAAAAGAGAGACUAGACUUGCCCGCUUAGCUGAGAUUGAAAUGGAAGUUGAUAAAUAUAAUGAAAGCAACAAUGUUGGUGCUGGUGAUAAGGAAGAAGACAGUGACAGCUCAAGUUCAGAGGAAGAGGAAGAGCACCAGAGUGUAGGCUCUUGGGUGGAACACAUUUCCAAACAUGAUGGUGAUCAUGGCACUGUGACUGUGAAACCCGCCACUGAGGGCGGGCUCCAGGCUCAGAGCACCCCCUCCCCUGAUUCUGACUCUGAUUCUGAUUCAGGGGAUGGCAAGCCCAAAAAGAAAAGCAGGCUCAAGAGGUUCUUUAACUGUUUCCUCAGUUGCUUUACCAUGCCUGCUGCAAGCAAGAAGAAGCAUGGUGGUGAUGACUGAGCUACUAAAGCCUUAUUCAAGGACCUGUUGAAUUCGUGAACUCUCUCUUUUUGGUCCUUUUAUGCUUUUUAUCUUUAAUGGUCUUGGUAAGACAAUAAGUUUGUUUUCAGUUCUUGGAUUUUGUCUAGGGUCUUCCAUUGAGAAAUUGGUGUACUUGUCCACCAUUUUUGCGUCUCAUUGGAUAUGAUACUUUACUAGUGGUUUGUUUUCCGUCCUUAAGUAAUUUGGAUUUUGUCAUGGGUCUUCCAUUCAGAAAGUGGUGUAUUUGUCCACCAUUUUUGCAUCUCAUUGGAUUUUGAUAUUUUAU